AUGCCUCGAAGAGAAGGUCACGAGAACGCUGCCCUAUUCACCAUCAGCAUUUGCCUGAUCUUCGUCGCGUGCGCUGGUUUGCUGCGUGCAUGGAUCAGGAAGAGUGCAUACGGCCGAGACGAUGCAGUCAUCGCCGCCGCGACGUUGCUCUCGCUCGGCCAAUUCGGCUCGUCGUAUGCUGCUGUUGAAGAAGGAUUGGGAAAGCAAUGGUCCGGCCUCAAUGCGUUGUCAAUGAGCGGCGACUUGCGGAAGCUCAAUGAGGCAUCACUAGCGAGUAUCGCUCUGUUCUUCGUCGCCCUUUACCUUUCAAAAUGCGCCAUGCUGGCUUUCCUUAGCCGAAUCACCAAGACGCCCACUCAAAUCCUGCUAUAUCACACCCUUAACGGCCUCGUUGCGCUCAUCGGUGUCUUAUCGAUCAUCGUUGUUCUUGCCGGGUGCCCUUCGGGCUCUGGGUACUAUUGGGCCUUCAAUCGGAACACCGCCACAUGUCCAUCGCAGGGUGCGCGAUGGCAAGCUGUGACGGCUCUAGAUCUCCUCACGGAACUCCUACUUCUCAUACUGCCUGUCCAUCUGGUCUGGAAUCUCCACAUGCCCAUGAAGAAGAAGGCGAUGAUUCUAGUGGCAUUCUGGGUGAGGUUACCAGCACUAUGUUUUUGCCUCGCUCGCACCUGGUACACCCUGCAACUUGAGAAGCCGGGUGCAGAUGUUGGACUCGACAGCGCUUUCGUGCUCAUCUGGAUGGAGGUUGAGAUGGCCUAUGCGAUUGGCUCGAGUACGCUUUCCGCAAUGAAGAGCUACACCGAUAGCUACAACACCGGGUUUGGUAUGGGAUUCGCACGGGGCAAGGGCGAGGGUAGCUACGGCCUCUCCAAUGUCUCCGGUUCCUCUGGCCAGUCGUCAAGAGGAGAGAAAGCCAAAUCCGCAUCACCGACUACAAGUCGCACAGAUCGAAGCGCAAAGACGACACCAGACGGCUGUAGAGGUGAUGAGCCACCAAUGCCACCAGCGACAGCACAUGGAUGGCACGUGGCAGAUCCGCCACCAUUGAAGCUUCGCCCUGACACGACUGGAGUCACCUCUUAUACAAGCGUUUCAGCUGAGCCGCACAACGAUGUCUCGCAGUGGCGUAGUGGGAGCAGCCUAGGAAGCGAUAGUUCGGGUGACGACAUGGUGAUUCUUCGCGAGACUGCCUAUGAAGUCCACCAUGACGAAGCACCAAUGCUGCCCAUUGCAGUCACGCGCGCAUGA